GCGCUGCAGGAUCGGGGCGCAGCGCGGACAAGGGUGUGGAGGCGGGAAACCUAGGUUGGCGGGAGUGGAGCGGGUGCAGCAGUUGCCGAUCAGCGAGGGGACUCUGGGCUCAGGCCAGGACGCGAGCAAUGGCGCAGAGUACGGGAGACGGGGCUCAGAGCAAAGUCCACUGCGUGGGCGAAGGCGUGGCGGCGAGUAUGCGGCGCCAGACCCCGGAGGGUGGGCCUGGGAGUCAGGUCUUAAAGGUAGCCCUUUGUUCUGAGGCAUCCAAGAAAGCCCUGCUGCAUCUGGACUGAGGAAUCGGAGCCCGCCAGGGAGCAAGGUGGGGGCGGGUCGGAAAAGGAAGGAUUCAAGCCCUGCGGGUUGAUGCACAGGUUUCUGUCUCCAUCGCCCAGACACAGAUUUGAAGUCCUUCAGAUGCUAGGUGAAUAAAGAUUGGGAACAGUGCUGCUUUCAGAGAUGGCGGCGGCAGAGGCGGUACACCACAUACACCUGCAGAACUUCUCUCGCUCCCUUCUCGAGACCCUGAAUGGGCAGAGGCUGGGCGGGCACUUCUGCGACGUGACUGUGCGCAUCCGCGAGGCUUCCCUGCGGGCACACCGCUGUGUGCUGGCCGCCGGCUCGCCCUUCUUUCAGGACAAGCUGCUGCUCGGUCACUCUGAGAUCCGCGUGCCUCCAGUGGUGCCCGCACAGACUGUGCGCCAGCUUGUUGAAUUCCUCUACAGCGGCUCCCUAGUGGUGGCGCAGGGCGAAGCGCUGCAAGUGCUCACAGCUGCGUCUGUGCUUCGUAUCCAGACAGUUAUCGACGAGUGCACGCAGAUUAUUGCCCGUGCUCGCGCCCCAGGCACCUCCGCACCAGCUCCCCUGCCUGCGCCCGUGCCCCCACCACUCGCGCCCGCACAGCUGCGGCACCGCUUGCGCCACUUGCUAGCCGCGCGUCCCCCGGGACACUCUGGCAUGGCGCACAGCCGCAAGCAGCGCCAGCCUGCGCGUCUGCAGCUGCCUGCGCCCCCCGCGCCCAUGAAGGCCGAGGGGCCCAACGCCGAUUCUGCCUUGCCCGAGGACCCUGACGACCGAGGUGAUGAUGAGGACGAGGAGACUGAUGAUGAGACAGACGGCGAGGAGGGCGAAGGCAGCGGACCGGGUGAGGGCCAGGCGCCCCCUUCCUUCCCAGACUGCGCUGCUGGCUUCCUCACUGCAGCCUCUGACAGCGCGUGCAAAGACCCUCCUGCGCCCACUGGCCUUGCUGACUACAGCGGCGUUGCCGGUAGGGACUUCCUUCGGGGAGCUACUGCAGCCGAGGACGUGUUCCCAGACAGCUACAUAUCCGCUUGGCAUGACGAGGAUGGCGCUGCAGCUGAAGGCUGUACUGCCGAGACCCCUGUCCCACCUGACUGCAUCCUGGCUGGACCACGCCCACCCGGCGUGAAGACCCCGGGGCCGCCUGUCGCGCUCUUCCCCUUUCACCUGGGCGCUCCGGGGCCUCCCGCACCAACCCCUUCUGCACCAUCGGGGCCAGCUCCUGCACCCCCGCCUGCCUUCUACCCCACACUCCAGCCUGAUGCAGCCCCCACCUCUCAGCUGGGGGAGUCUCCAGCCACUUCUGUCGCUCCUGCGACGGCCUCCUUAGGCACUCCUGCACGUGCCCCAGGCGCGGAGCCGCCCGCCUAUGAGUGCAGCCACUGCCGUAAGACGUUCAGCUCACGGAAAAACUACACCAAGCACAUGUUCAUCCAUUCCGGGGAGAAGCCACAUCAGUGCGCCGUGUGCUGGCGAUCCUUCUCGCUGCGCGACUACUUGCUCAAGCAUAUGGUCACACACACCGGCGUGCGCGCCUUCCAGUGUGCUGUCUGCGCCAAGCGCUUCACACAGAAGAGCUCGCUCAACGUGCACAUGCGCACGCACCGGCCCGAGCGCUCGCCCUGCCCUGCCUGUGGCAAGGUCUUCUCGCACCGCGCGCUGCUGGAGCGCCACCUGUCCUCACACCCUGCGCCCUGAUUGCCGUCCUGGGCCAGGCCUCGCCCACUGUGGGAGCGGCCACACUAGCUCACAGUCAGCCACACCCGCCACGCUCUGUUUAGCAGGCCCUCCCUCUCUCCUCACCCAUUUCUCCUUACUAGGGCCCAGGCCACCUUACUCCUCUCCACUGCCUACUUAGACCCUCCAGGUGGUACCAGGCUGGGGGUGGUCAGGGACCCGGGCUGGUCAGAAACCAGACCACCUCUGAGAACUGGACCAUUUCCAGCCUGAACCCAGUGCUCAGACUCUUGGAGCCUGUCCCAGGAUUCCUUCCCCUCUAGGGUGGGGCUGGGGCCUGGAGCAUGGGGCCUGCCCCUACCCCAGUGUUAGGCUGGGCGAGGUCUCUGGCACCCUACCCUCAGCUAGUGCUCCCUGAGGGGGUGCCUAUGGAGGCUCAGGUGUACCCAUCAUAGAACGGAGCUGGGCCUCCAGACUCCUGCUCUGUAAUAAAGGACUGUUGGCUGGGGCCUAAA